AUGCAACGAAACACGUACGGCCCGUCUCCCCCCCUACACCAUCCCGUCCCACAGCAUGUCUCGACCGUGCCUCAACUCCGGUCGCCGCCACCGCCGCCGGGAUCCGCGCAAUCGCACCAGGGCUACGGCGGCGGUGCUGCAUCUUCUGCCUCGGCGGGGAACCCUUACCAGCAGCAGGGCCAGCCCGGCGCAAACAUGUUCGGGCAGUACGGACAAUUUAUAAACGACCCGACCGCGCAGGUGGCGGCGCAUUUUGGACAGACUGCUUUCAAGCAGGGCCAGGAGUACAUGGAGCAGAACUUCGGUCAAUACGUCAGCGUCUCGGCCCUAAAACACUACUUCAACGUCUCCAACUCGUACGUCAUCAAUAAGCUCAUCCUCGUCCUCUUCCCAUGGAGGCACAAGGGUUGGUCGCGGAAGCAGGCCGUCGGGGUGAACGGGCAGGAAGGAUGGUAUCUGCCGCCGCGUGACGACAUAAACAGCCCUGACAUGUACAUACCAGUCAUGGGUCUGGUCACAUAUGUACUUCUCUCGACCCUCAUCGCCGGUCUCAAGGGCGCAUUCAGGCCUGAGCUUCUGGGUGUGACGGCUACUACGAGCAUGAUUGUCGUCGUCGUCGAGAUUGUGGCCCUCAAGCUGGGGUGCUACCUUCUCAGCAUCUCGAGCCAGUCGCAGCUCUUUGACCUGAUUGCCUACUCUGGCUACAAGUUUGUCGGCAUCAUUGUCACAAUUGCCGUGGCCCAGACCUUCAACGCCGGCAAGGGCACUGGCGGCUGGGUCGGAUGGCUCAUCUUUGCCUAUACCUUUCUGGCCAACUCUCUAUUCCUGCUCCGUUCUCUGAAAUACGUCCUCCUCCCCGAGACUCCUGGUGCCACCGGCGGUCCUAUGCAGACAGAUUCGCGCGCCAAGCGCAACCAGAGGACUCAGUUCCUCUUCUUCUACUCUUACAUCGUGCAGCUCUUCUUCAUGUGGGUCCUUACCCGGACGUGA